UUGCUAAAGUCUGAUUCAAACGUCACCAGUUUUUAAUGAUGGCGGUGUUUUCGUUACUUUUUUGACAAUCAAACUCAAAAAUAAAGCGCCGACUGGCAAAACAACAGUGUAAGCGAUAGUUUUUCCGUUUUUCUGCCGGAAAUAUUGCCAAAAACCGAUUCCGACUUUCUAGUAAAACCAGGAGUGUCCUCAACUGCCUGAGGACUAAAAAUCAAGAGCUUUCAAACUGUCUGCCGUUGUGAAAAUGAAGCUGAUCGACUCGGUCGUCAGGAGUUUCAAGGUAGCCAAAGUGUUCCGCGAAAACACGGACAAGAUCAAUGCCAUCGAUUUCUCCUCUAAUGGAGAAAUGCUAAUCAGCUGCAGUGAAGAUGAUCAGAUUGUGCUGUACGAUUGCGAAAAAGGAACUCAGAUCCGGACAGUGAACUCGAAAAAGUACGGUGUGGAUUUGAUACAUUUUACCCACGCAAACAACACAGCAAUUCACAGUUCGACAAAAGUAGACGACACGAUCCGUUAUCUGAGUUUACACGACAACAAAUAUCUGCGGUAUUUCCCGGGGCACACCAAAAAAGUAAUUUCGCUUAACAUAUCGCCAGUCGAAGACACCUUCCUGUCCGGUUCAUUGGACAAAACAUUGCGCCUGUGGGAUUUGCGAUCCCCUAACUGUCAGGGUGUGAUGCAUCUCAAUGGACGUCCAGUAGCAGCGUACGAUCCUGAAGGACUAAUCUUCGCGGCCGGCGUAAAUUCCGAAAGUAUCAAACUGUACGAUCUACGGUCUUUUGACAAGGGCCCGUUUGUAACAUUCAAGUUGAACCAAGAGAAGGAAUGUGACUGGACCGGAUUGAAAUUUUCGAGAGAUGGAAAAACAAUUUUGAUCAGUACCAACGGAUCCAUCAUUCGUUUGAUUGAUGCUUUCCAUGGUACUCCGCUACAAACGUUUACAGGUCAUUUAAACAAUAAAGGUCUACCAAUAGAGGCUUCCUUCAGCCCGGAUUCGCAGUUUAUUUUUUCCGGAAGCACCGACGGGAGGGUGCACGUAUGGAACGCUGACACCGGAUACAAAAUUUGUGUCCUGAACGGCGACCAUCCGGGUCCCAUUCAGUGCGUCCAGUUCAAUCCGAAGUUCAUGAUGCUUGCAUCGGCCUGCACCAAUAUGGCAUUCUGGUUACCAACGGCGGAGGAUGCCUAACGGGAAAUUAGCUAACGGUUGGAUAAACCUGACCGAAAUGGAAUUGUUUUAGUUAUGCAGCCGAGUAUAAUUAAUGUAAGUAUCGAUAAGACGAAAUAAAUAAGUUUCAGUAUAAAA